AUGAAUUUGCUUGUGGUGACAUUAUGGUACUUAAAGCUUUAUCACUCUGAAUGCUAUAUUGCUGCUGAAUUAUAUUUGGAUCCAUCAACAGUGCAUCAUAUUUUAACAGAGGUUGUGAAUAUCUUACAUUCUUGUAUAUAUUCAAAACUAGUUUCAUUACCGGCUGAUAUGACUGACAUAAACACAACAUAUGGUCCUGAAGAAAAUCAUAAAUUACUAGUUGAUUCAACUUACAUUGUUAUUCCUCAACCUAAUGAUUCACGACAACGUAAAGCUUAUUACCAUUCAAAAAGCUCAACAAACUGUGCAUUUAAAGUACGAAUAGCUUGUGACUUUAAUCAUCAAAUAGUACAUAUAUCUGAAUGUUAUCAAGGAAGUGUACAUGAUAUUACAAUUCUGAGAGAAUCGGGAUUAUUAGAAUAUACAGAAGAAUAUGUUCAAAUUAUUACUGACAAAGGAUACAUUGGUGAAGAAUACGUAAUUACUUCAAAAAAGAAACCUCAUGGGGGUGAACAAACAACUGAAGACACAAAUUUCAACCGUAAUUUCAAUAGUGCAAGAGUAGCUAUCGAAAACAUCAAUCAACGUUUCAAAACUUACGCAAUUAUGGAUGGUGUUUACAGAGGGAUUAUUGACGAUUUUCAUAAAAUUACCAAGAUUGUACAGGUCGUUUGUGCUCUAUGUAAUCUGAAUUUAAGUAAACAUCCCAUUCGUAAAUAA